AUGGCGAUGGCGACAGUACGCGCCAUGGCAGUCCCUACGCUGCUGUAUAGCUGCUUCUCCUCCGUGUGGGCGAAGACGGUAAAAGUUUCUCCUGCUGAAGCUGUGCAAAAAGUAUGGUUGAAGGUGGAGGUGGCUUGUGAGCCGAUUGAAGGAAAGUUACAUGGCCGCUUUUUGGAGAUGAAUAAUUGGGAAAGGUCUGUGAAGGCGAACGAUACGUCUGAUGAUGAUGUGUGGCUGUACAGUUGUUUGGAUUGCACAGAUGCGUAUGCUGCCGCUGACAAAAGUAAUGCUGUUGGGUUCAGGAUGGAGGUUACGACAUACGGAGAAAGUCAAGUUUAUAAAAAGUGGGUGGAAGCAAAUACUACUGGCGUUUCCUCUUCAGUAGCGUCAAUCGUUUGUGAGUUCACAGCCAUGAAUGACACGAAAGCUGGAUGCACCGUUCUAGGGGCUGAUCCAGUAACACCACCGGAACCUAAAGCAGACAGCCUAACAGAAAGGAGUGGUAGACACCAGCCAGAAGGGGCAGUUGGCUUCAAAGGUGCACCGCUUAUGACAAACGGAGGUGACGUUAAGUCCAAGAAGAGUGCAAAAGAGCGACAGUCGCAUAUGCAGCGCAGCUCGGAAGGGUGCGCGAAAGGCGCAGAAUACGGCAAAGAAAGCUCCUGCAGUUUAGAAGCCUGCGGCCACUAA